GGAGCGUAGGCGUGCCGGGCGGGCGGGGCUCCGGCCUCUCUCGGCUCGAUUCAGAUUUCAGUGUAUCCCUAACCACGGGUCUGUUGUGUCGGGGUAAGGAGUACAAUCGAUCGAAGCACACAGGCGAACCCAUACCUUCAUGUUUAAAAAUUCAUAACAAGAUACCUAGUGUGUAUUGGAAUUUGAGGUUAUGAGAAAUAGGAAGACCUGUUGUCAAGGCAUUGUGAAAAAUUAUUGUCACGUUGAUUUAUUCGCAAGUUCUCCUUGCAUGAGGUCAUAAAGCACUUGCAUGCCGAUGAAUCAAUGGUGAAAUUGAUGUUGCAACUUAAUAAUCACAUGAACCACAUCAAAGUCAGUCUGUUUAUUGCGUAACAAGCAAUCAGGCAACAACUGAAGAAGAAAAUACAGAAAUAAAGUUUAAUUUGUCCUUCGUUUCAAGGGCGGAAAUGUCGCCUUGUUCGGCGGUAAGAAAAAACGAUCAGUCAAAAUAUGUCCAUUAAAAUGCCGAUGGGGUAAUCACACCUACCACAAGUCGUGCAUUGGAAAUGUUUGAAGGUUAAAAGUUUAUUAAUCGUGUAAGAUGUUAAGAUUGUAAGCUCCAUAUCACCGAGAACAGUAGAUUAAUAACAGAUCAUUUCCCGCGGGAAGGCAGCUGCCUCCGAAAUUCGCGUCGUUGGUCUGCCAUCAUGUUUAUCUUUCUCUUGAUUAAUGUGGUGUUGGACUGCCAUUAGGAAAGGCCCACGAGGCAUGGCUGUAAAGGCGACCAUAAUCUGCCAAAUGCCAGUCCCAGCAGCAGCGCUGAAGUAGAGGUGUGCCUGCCUGUCUCAUGGGGUCUGAAGUCACCGCCUGAAGAUGCUGUGGCAGAUGCACGUCAGUCCCUGUGGGGGUUGACUCGCCAUGGGUUCUGAAGUGACUGGCUAGAACUACCAUGGAUGUUAGUACACCGGACAGGGGGGUCCCGAGGCCCCCCGCGUCCCUGUUGCAACCCGCGCCGGCCCCAAGCCUGCCGGUGUUGUCGGUGUCGGGUGUUGGCGCAGCGCCCCCCGCCUCGGCCGCCGUCAAGGGCGCGCCCACUGUCAGGAUCGUCCUCACGCCAGGGGGGCGGAAGGUGACACAUCCCGUCAUAUCGCCCACCUGCAGGCACAACGCCAUCACGACCAGCUCGCCGUCGGCCUCGGCAGCAGUGCGAAGAAGCAGCGUCACGACCCCGAGUGCCACCUCCCCAAGGUCUCCCUCCAGCAGGACGAGCGCCGGCGUCAGCACGUCCUCCGCGAGCCCCGGCGGCGCCCCCCUGCUGACCACCUCGGCGUCUUCAACAGCCCAGCCGAACUAGCCGAUUCCAGACAGCGACUAGCCACCAACAGCCGGAAGCCGAGGAGCAGCCCAGCCGAACUAGCCGAUUCCAGAUAGCAACUAGCCACCAACCAGCCCGUGGGACGUAGGACGUGGCGGCGGCAGAGACGGAGGAGCGGGAGAGGCAGCCUCGUCCCGGCAAUCAAUGGGAGUGUUCCUAUCCCGUCUCGAUUUAUCAUACACGCUGCUUUGGA